AUGGUUUUUGGCCAAACUGAUGGUAUUUUGGCUAUAAGAGAUAUGGAGAAGAAAAUAUUGUGGUCGUUGUCACCUUAUUGUUCUCAGCAUUUGUUAAAAGUCAAAGCUUAUCAGAAUUCCAGCCUUAGUCCACUAAGUGUGUUGAACGCAUUUUACCCUACAUUUGGGCAUGGCAUAUCUAAUGAAUUUAUUACAGACAGCAGAUUUCUAUUUCGAAUGCUGCUUUGCUUCAAAUUAGCUGGCGAAUCAACAUUUUCAGCUUCCCAGCAUCCAACAACAUUUUGUUAUCGUUAUGAUUCGAAACAAUAUAAAUCUAUUGCGCACACUAUAUGUUUCCCAAAGUUGUGUUUAAAAGAACAACAUAAGUUUUGGAAUAUCUACGAGAAAGCAUUGGGUAUUGAACUACCAGAAAACGGUAGUUCUGUUUCAAUAUGUGUUCAUUCUCGCCGUCCAGUGCAAUGGUACGACAAACCACUUCCCAUUAUUACGUUGUCCUGUAAUACACUCCUAUGGUUGAUUGUUUUAUUCUCAACUAUUUAUCAAAUUAUAAGCAAUCCUGGAACAAAAUCUAGAACAAUUAAAGAACAAAUUCUUCUUGCGUUUUCAAUCAACCAAAAUGUCGGCUUGAUAUUCAAAAUGCCGAAAAAUCGUUCAAAAGUUAUCACUUGCAUGUUUGGCAUACGAUUCUUAACGAUGAUUUGGAUUAUCAUUGGUCAUAUGUUUGCCUUUGUUGCUCCAUAUAUCGAUAAUGUUGACGAAUAUUAUCAUGAUAUCGCCAAUAAUUUUGGCAAUCAAUGGAUAGCAAACUUUCUUCUUUCUGUCGAUGUAUUUUUAGUACUUGGAGGAACAGUGAAUGCCUACGGGUUUUUUCAGAAAUACGAGAAAAUGGAGAUGAAGCCAACAUGGAAAUCUUUAAAGUUUUGGUUGAAUUUCUAUGUGCAUCGAAUUAUCCGUUUAUGGCCAGCCUACUUUUAUACUAUGAUAUUUAUAUAUUUUCUUACCAACAUAUUUUAUCAGGAAUUAUGGCCUGAAAUUGAUCACAAUGUACAGUGCUCCAAAUAUUGGUGGCAAAAUUUAUUACUCAUAGGCAGUUUAUUUGAACACCGUUGUAUGGGAUGGGCCUGGUAUGUAAGUACUGAAUUUACAUUUUAUCUCUUGUCCCCCAUAUUUCUGAUAACACUUGGUCGAAAUCAGAAUCGGGGCUAUCUAUUAUCCAUCCUCUGUAUAGCAUUAUCAGACGCAGCCCGAGUUUAUGCAAUGAUUGUUUACAAUAUGCCACCCACACAACUUGGCUGGAACAGACCUCCUAUCUAUAAUUCUAAUUUCAUGGAGCAUUUUAUGGUAAUGUACAUCAAACCUCAGUAUCGUGCAGCACCGUAUAUUAUUGGCUUGUUACUCGGUCAUCAUUUGGCUAAGAUUCAAACCAAAAACAUUUCUAAUAAACAGCAUUCGACUACUUUUCUUACCUGUGGCUGGAUAUUAUCAAUCUUUCUUGCCUUUAUCAGUAUGUACGGUCUUUAUCCGAUUUUAACAAAUUUGGAAUGGAAGCUUUAUUAUCUGAUUUAUGGAGCGCUUCAUCGAACAACAUUUGCCGUUGCUAUAGCUUGGCUAAUUUAUGCCUGUCACAACGGAUAUGCUAGCUUUAUUAAUACAUUUCUUAGUUUUAAAUUAUUUUUACCACUCUCCGUGUUGUGCUACUCGGUUUAUCUCAAUCAUUUACCUAUUAUAUUUGCGUCUUAUUUGCAUAUAACUUUUCCUUAUCAUUACGAAACUAAAUCUCAGUUUCUCAAUAUUGCGCUACUUAAUCUAUUUAUUGCAUAUUUGCUUGAAAAUCACAAACAAGAGACGAAAACUAAAACGGUUUGGAAAAAACGAUAA